UGCUGCGAAUCUUUGUCUAAGGUUAUACGUGUAGCCCUGUUACUAUUACGUGUUAAACAUGGAGAGUCAAAACGAGCAAUUUAAGAAACUUUAUCUUCAACUAAUGGAGGCACACUUGAACAACAAUUUUAAAUAUGUUCAAGAUCUGGUAAACAAACUGAACUCCUUGAAUUACCAUGAAAGUAUGGAGUUUAUCACUAAGCGAACUUGCACAGACCUGAUACUCCAUUUGUUAAAUGUUAUCUCAGAAUGUGGUUUGGAUGCAUUUGAUAUUUUACCUUUCCUGAACCUCAUGAAUGAGGUUUCCACUAAACAAGGAAUUGUUGUUUGUCAAUACUCAGUGAAUGUCAUCGUACAGAACUUGAAAAGUAUUUGGUUUCAAAUUUUGUCGCUAAAAUCUUCAGAAAAUGCGGCGAUUGGUUUAAUCACAGCUGUGGCGGCAGUUACUUAUGGUAAUGGUUCAUAUGUUUCGCCUGAACUAUUAGAUUGGGUAAUAGGAACCAGUGGUAACAGUGCCAGCAUCGGUGCUUUGAUAUUAUCAGACUCAACUUCCAUUCAUGCAAAGAAAGCUUGUCUGCAGUGUUUAUCUGGUCUCUGUCUCGCAUCUGAAAGCCGAGUUUUGAUCCCAGAUGAAAGAAAACAUCGUUGUCUUCAACUUUUUAUUCAUGCUUUACAAACUACACCAUCACUUGUCGACGUGCCACAUUAUCGUGUUUUCUUCGCUGCAUAUAAAGGACUUCAGCUUGUUCUUCAAACCUCAACGGCCCUUAUCAACAAAGAAAUUGGUCCAUUGCUGGCUGUCUUAAAAAAGCAUCUUGUGUUUUCUCUUAAUGAGUCAAACCUUGAGUUUCCAACCGAGCUUCACCCAGUUCCCAUCCCGACUGUUCAUCCAGUAACGAAGAUGAAUGAAAGAGGAUCUGGAUCAAUUGUGAGUGAUCGGAAGAAGAAAAAAUCCAAGCGUGGACCAUUACUACAACAAAGCACUGGGAAGCCACGAAAGCAACCUGAAGAGGUACCUGCUUCCUCCACGGAAGUUCCAGAUGAAGUGCUGGCUUCAUCUGCAAACCAGUUUGUGUCAAGCUCAGAGUCCGAGUUUUCGGACACCGAAGGCGGAUUUCGUAGAAAAAUGGGAUCACUGGUCAAAAAAAUCCGUCAGUUUGCAAUGAAUAGUUUGCAAAUAGUUGUGAGUAAAACAAAGAAGCAUAUUCUCUUUGGUUACUGGAAUUCUUUUUUUCCAAGUACAGAUUCAGAAAACAACAUCUCUUUGCUAUCUUGCAUCACUGAUGACUCCAGCACCAAGAUGCAGGUCGCUGCCCUUAUUACUCUGUGUGGAAUCUUAGAUGGAAGUAAAAGCUUUUUGUCCCUCGCAGCCCUUGAAAUCCCAUCUGCAUCUUUUGUUUCAUAUUCUUCAAUGCUUGGUUCUUCCAUUCAUAAAAUCCAUGGCACACUACUAUACUCACUAUCAAAAGAAAAGUCUCACGUUAUUCAAGUCCACCUUCUCAAAGCUAUUGGCAUGCUAGCAGAGAACACACCGUAUUCAAAACUUAACACUGGACUAGUUGAGUCUGUAGUUUCAAAGGUUCGAAUUGUACUGUCAACUUCUCAGAGCAAUGAUUGUAAAAUCGCUUCAUUUAAUGUUUUUUCCUCGUUGCUUUCCAACACUCCUGCUUUAGCAGAAAUGGUGUGCUCAAUCACCAGCACAACAUUUCAAGAUCUGUCAUUAAAUGUUAAACCUAACAGCAUUUCUAGACAGCUAGCUGAUGUUACUUUACCACAGACUACUCUGACAUCUUCGUGGCUGGUUGAUGAAUGCAUUUCCAUCUGUCUCAGUACGGAAGGUGAAUUCCGAUUAUCCUUGCACAUAGCUGCUAUACAAACGCUGUCAUCAGCUGCCAAGUUUUACUUUCCUGUGGUGAAAAGUUACGUCAAUCAACUUACAGACUUAAUCUGUAACUUGUUGAAAUCUGCAAACUUGUAUCUUCGUGCUGCAAAACUUCUCGAGAAUCUGGCAGAAAGUAUGCUAAGAAACUCACAGAAUGACCCUGGACAGGUAAAUGAAAAUCUAGUGUUCUGGAACAAGCUUUUAUCAGGUCCUUUACAAUCCCUGCUCCAGCAGGAAAGUGACUGGCAGCUUCAUACCAUCAUCUGUGUUAUUUUAUCCACCAUUGGACCUGAGGUUUUCAAUCAACUGAACAGCAGUUUGCAAAGAUUCUGUCAAACCAUGUUGCUUGGACUAACUAACGAUGAGGACUAUAGUGUUAGGUUCACAGCUAUUCGAUCUCUAGCUGUAUAUAUCAUGUAUCCUUGUUUAAGAAAGGACACAGGAUUUGUAGAAGACAUGGCAGGCUGUGUGUUGCGACUUAUGGAGGAUGAGUUUAGGAUUGUUCAAAAUAAUGCAGCGUGGUCGUUUGGAAACCUCACUGAUGCGAUGGUUUUAAAUGCAGAGUCGUCGCCAGAUUUUCUUGACAGUCUCAGUGCUUCAUUCCUACUUAGUCUGCUGGAGGCUGGCAUUAAAGCAGUCAGUGGAAAAGACAAAUUACGUUUCAACAUGAUGCGUGUGCUGGGAAACCUUCUGCGCGUAAUGCAAACAAAGCAUGUUACCAUUCUAAGAUUCAGAAAAGGAAUUUUGAAAGCAAAAUCAAUCAUCAUAUCCAGUAUGUUGAGUGAUUCUUCGAUGAAAGUAAAGUGGAAUGCAUGUCUGGCAUGCGGCAAUUACUUGCACAACAACCUUUUACCUAUUGGUGAAUCGAGUUGGACGGAUGACGUGUAUGACGCACUCUGCAAGACUGUUUCUACCUCUAAGAAUUUUAAAGUUCGUAACAAAGCAUCGCUUGCUAUUUGUUCGGUUCGAAAUCGUGAAGGUUUUGGAAGCAAGUUUACAGAUGUCUGCGUUUCUAUUAUAAACUGCCUACGACAUGCCGAUUCAGAUGAGCUAGGACUAGCUGAGUACAACUUUAAAGAAAAACUACAGGAGCAGCUAAUAUACACCCUACUUUACCUUAUACCAUUAACUACAAAGGAAGAUAUACUAACCAUUGCCAAGACCCUUGUGGCUGAGGACAAUGAACAAUUACACUUCCAGCUUAACCACUGGUACAAUGUGCUUUUAAUCAGGAUGAAUCCCUCCCCAACAAAAGCCAUUUCUCACACAGAAACUGAAGACAAAACUCAAGACGGCUUGCAGGAAUAUGUAACGUCUUGUAAAAUGAAUGACACUGAUAAACUGAAUUUAUUUAAAAGUGUAAUCGAACCAUGGCAAACUGUCUUAAAGCAUUUAGAUUCAGCCAACAAUGAAAUUGAUUUGAAUAAGUUAACUCAACUAUUUAUUGUGCAAUGAAACUUAAAUAGUUACUAGAAAUGGCUCUAGCAUAAUAACAUGCUGUUAAUGUGUUGUGACGUUAAAUUAUUAUAAGCAUGGUGCUGCAGUCCAAUUUUAUGUAUUGCCUUUGAUUGUUAAGUUUUAGAACAUACAAAAUUACAAAACUUUAGUGUUUAUUAUAUUCUUACGCUAUAUUUUACAGUUCAACAAUUAUGCAUGUAGGAAGUUUUUAAGUUAAAACCUUUUGCGCAUUUUUUUCAAAGUUUUGUUUUUUAAGCUUUAUAGUUUCCGUACUGCUUCUUUUUUUAGCCAAAAGGCUAAUCUAACAUUGCAUUAAUUUAAUUCUGUUCAUGCUAG